UCUUGGACUCAAUGAUCUUAAAGGUCUUUUCCAACCUAAAUGAUUCUAUGAUUCUAAAAAAAGCCAAACUGAUCAGCCUCAUAUCAUAGAGACAUAUAGCAGGAGUACAAAACUGCUGUGAAAAAGAGCCCAGCAGUGUGAUUUGGGACAUACCACUUAUGGGGAAUGAUAGCCUGGCUGUACUUAGGUUUGGAAAAAAAUGUUCUGAAAGGUUCUCUUGCUGCUACAUACUCUAUUUUAGUUCUGGGCCUCAUCUUCUAAUGUAAUAUAUAUUCUGAGCAGUAAAGGAACCACCUGAUGUCCAGCUUCAUUUCAGGGAAAGGGAGGGCAUAGGUAUGAUGGGCACUAGAAGACAAGUUUGGAUGUACUCAGAUUACUGGGAGAUAGUUCAGAGGAGAGAGACACCUUGAAAGGUCAAUGUCAGGAACACAUCAUGCUAAUGAUGUUAAUGAUAUAAACAACACCCAAGAUAGUUAGGUCUUGAUUUGGUGAAGCACUUAUAUACAUGUCAUACUUGAAGCACCUGAGCAGUUGUAUUCAUUUCAGCCAGGUGACCUGGAUACCUACAGCCACGCUUAUACCUCACCAGACAGGAGCUCCAAGCAUUACAGAACUGAAUUUUAUUGGCAUUUAUCCACACUCUAUAAAUGCAAAGAUUAGUGCAUCUUCCUUUUAUAAAAUUGCCUUCUGCUGGUGUUCACUCUCCUGCUUCCAGGCUAGUAUAAUUCACAGCACGAGAAAAGCUUUUCCAAAGGACUCAAUAACUCCUUUUCCCCAAAACACACACAUCAUCUGUAUGUAUUUGUCUGUAUCCCAUCUUAUCUCCAAAAAUGAACAGAUAACUUCUGUGCGCCUAAUCUCUCAUAUCCAAAAGGAAAAUAUUUCCUGAGAAAACAGUAUUAGUUUUACUUUUUUUUGGCAUAAUGGGACAUAAUUUAUUAUUCUGCUUAUGAUCACAGAAAAAGACCCAGAAAAAUGCAAAGCUUGCUGUUUUGAGAUCUUACACUGAUUGUAACUUAUCAUGUCAUAGGCCCUUUUAGCACCAGAGACAUCAUUGUGGUUUAGUAAUCCCUUCAGAGAAUUUGUUCCAACAAAUAUAGAAGACUGCCAUCAUGAUGAGAAAAAUCCUUUCCCCUAAAACUGUUUAUCAUCCAAGAAUAAAUAGCAAUGAAAAGAAUGGCUUUCUGAAACUUAAGGGGUCAUAAUCCAUUCAUCGGGAAGAUAUUACUACAAGUAUUGUACAUAAGUCACCUACCCUUUCCAUGUCUUAGUCAUCUAAAUAUCAGUUUAAAAAAAAUGAAAAAAAAAAAAAAAAAAGAAAAGAAGAUGAAGUUAUAAUGCUAUAUCAACAGACAGCUGUCCUAGUGGGCACUGGGAACACAGAAUGGCUCGCAUUGCUGCGCCAUGCAGUCAUUACCAAAGGAAUGAUGAGCUCACAUUUCAUUCCGAUUCACAUACUCGGUGUGGUUAGACUGUGAGGCUCACCCCUCCUCGCCCAACUGACGCCCCCCCUCCCUGACUCGACACCAGAUCUGGCUUGUUAACAUGUCUGGAAUGAGCUCGAGCCUACCUCUCAGCUGGCAAGCCCAAGGGGCAUACUUGGAUUCCCAGGUUGGAAGAUUAUCUCAUUCAAGCACAGUUCUCCCAAAGAUAUAUAAGCAAAGCUAGUGUGGCGGCCCCUGUAGAGCUGGCCUGAGCACUUGGGAGUUUCAGUCAUACAGGAGUACAACCUUCAAACACCAGCAAAUAUGAUGACGAUGAAAGUAGAAGAGCUGGUGACUGGGAAGAAAGCAGACGGUAAAGAGACUGGCAGCUUCCUCCCUGAGGACUUCAAAAAUGGAGAGUAUGAAGCUGCUGUAAGAUUAGAGAAGCAUGAGGACCUAAAGACAGUCUCUGAACACUCACUGACCCGAGGUGAUCUGGCUUAUGAGAAGGAGAAAAAACUAGAAGCAGAGCUGAAGAAGAAGAAAUUAGAGGAGAGGUCAAAACUUGAAAACUUGGAGGAUCUUGAAAAAAUUAUUCAGCUGAAGAAGAAGAAAAAAUGCAAGAAAGUGAAAGCACCUGUUUUAAAGGAACCUGAACCAGAAGUUAUUACAGGACCAGUGGACAUACCUACGUUCUUUAGAGCUGCACUGGAGAAUAAGCUGCCAGUAAUUGAAAAAUACCUGUCAGACAAAGGGGAUCCAAAUGUCUGUGAUGAGUAUAAACGCACUGCAUUGCACAGAGCAUGCUCUGAAGGACAUCUAGAGGUGGUGAAAAAGUUGGUGGAAGCUGGAGCUCAGCUUGAACAGAAAGACAUGCUUGAAUCUACAGCCCUGCACUGGGCAUGCCGGGGUGGGAACCUUGAUGUUCUGAAAUUCUUACUGGACAAAGGGAUAAACAGAAAUGCAAGAGACAAGCUGCUCAGCACCCCUUUGCACGUGGCUGUGCGAACGGGUCAGUACGACUGUGGGGAGCACCUCAUUGCCUGUGAAGCAGAUCUCAAUGCCAGAGACAGAGAAGGAGACACACCGAUGCACGACGCUGUGAGACUGAACCGCUACAAAAUGAUCAGGCUCCUGAUCCUGUAUGGAGCGGAUCUAACUAUAAAGAACUGCCAAGGGAAAACCCCUAUGGACCUUGUUCUUCAGUGGCAGAACGGCACCAAAGAGAUAUUCAACAGCCUGAAAGACAAUUCCUAUAAGAGUGUCCAUCUAAGCAAGUUCUGAAGAGAGAAA